AUGCUGCUAUUGGUGCACUGGAACAAGAAGAGCUAUCUUUCGCUUUAUUGGCAUGCCCUUCUAGCAAUUUUUAUUUUUUCCACUUACUCCACCCAUCCUUGAUCGAAUGAUUUUCAUAUUAUGCAAAUUUUUUAUAUAUAUAAAAAUAUAUUAGUUAUCAAAAGCUUGGGAAAUGUGCCUAAUCAAGUUGUUGUCAGAGGCUUUGAAACAACAGAAAGCUACGGAAUCAACCAUCUGAAGUGAUUUAGUCAUCAGUCUGGGCUUAAAAACUCAAUAAUCUAAAAAUAGAGAUUCUUUAAAAAUUUUAAUUCAAUAAGAAACAAAUUAAAAUUUAUACAGUUUAAAGGGGUAACCAAAAAUUCAAAAUAUUAAAAAUUGGUAUUUUAUAAAAUUCAUUCAAUUUUUGGCUGUAAAAAUAAUUAUUAAAUACUCUUAACCCUCUUAUUUAAAAAUAUAUAAAAAAACUAUAUAUUUUUUAUUUUAUAUAUAAAUUUAUUUUAACCCCCAUCCUUGAUUGAACGAUGACGAGCCGUUCGAUCAAGGAUGGGGGGAGUUACUAUUUCUCCACAAUAGACUCCAUCUUCAUUUUAAGAAUCAAAGACAAGGCCAAGAUUAUCCUGGAGAUUUUUAAUACACCUAUUAGAGUACUGCCACAUGAAGGGCUAUCAAUCACCUUCCUGACAAAUCGCAUAUUAACAAAUAAUAAUGAUAUUCAAAAUUGCCACUUCAUAAUGAUUGAGCAUGAAAGCAGAAAAUUAAACAUUUCCCAAGGUAUUAAAAAUAUUAUCAGUUUUUUAAAAAAUUUGAUAGCUGAGUCAAUUAAGGAACUCAACAUCUUUCUCUUUACUUUUUUUAAAUAUGUAUGCGAUCAAAAUAGGCUUCAUCCUUUAUUUAAAUUCUCUGGCUUUUAA